AUGGUUCCAAGGCUUUUCUCAACAGUAUGGCCCCUGCCAUUCAUCGUGCUAUCAUGUUUGAAUCCUCUGGUUGCCGGUGCAGGAGUAGCCCUUGAUAUUGAUAGCGAAGACUCAAUUAGAUCAGCUGCCAGCACUGUCGCUUAUGAUCUCGUCAGCUUUUACACAGGCAAUAAUACCGGCGAUGUACCGGGAAACCUUCCAGAUCCCUAUUAUUGGUGGGAAGCGGGCGCCUUCUUCGGGGCUCUGAUCAACUACUGGGCUUUCACCGGGGAUUCUACUUACAACAAUAUCACCGUUCAAGCAAUGGAGCACCAGGCCGGCGAUAAGGGGGAUUUCAUGCCAAACAACCAGACCUACACCGAGGGAAACGACGACCAGUGCUUUUGGGCACUCAGCGCAAUGAUGGCUGCCGAACGGAACUUUACAAACCCGAGUUCCUCAUACCCGGGCUGGCUGGCUAUGGUUCAGGCCGUGUUCAAUGAACAGGCUAACCGCUGGGAUACAGCGAGCUGUAAUGGAGGUCUGCGUUGGCAAAUUUACACCUGGAAUGCUGGAUACAAUUACAAGAACACCAUUGCAAAUGGCUGUUUCUUCGACAUCGCGGCACGUUUGGCUCGAUAUACUGGCAAUGAGACUUACGCUGAAUGGGCCACUAAAUCCUGGAAUUGGGCCAAGGCCGUCGGAUUGAUCACGUCGGACUACCAAAUAUUUGAUGGAACGACGGAUGCCAGCAAUUGCACUUCCUAUGAUAGAACUCGUUGGUCAUAUACUGCUGGGAUUUAUCUUCAUGGUGCCUCCGUGAUGUAUAACUAUACCUCUUCACUUACAACCAACGCAACUUCAGCUAAUUCAUCUUCAGCCUCCACAUGGAAAACUCGGCUGGAUGCACUGCUCUCGAAAACCAAUUUUCUUUUCUCGACAAACGAGUCCAGUCUUCAUGUCAUGUACGAGCCUCCAUGCGAGCUCACAGGUAGUUGUAACACGGAUCAAUUAUCAUUCAAGGCCUACCUAUCGCGAUGGAUGGCCGAUGUCACACAACUUGCACCGUACACAUACAACACCAUCAUGAUCAAAAUGCGAGCCACCGCGCAAGCUGCGGUUGCCCAGUGCCAGGGUGGAACCACUGGCACCUUCUGUGGCUUUAGCUGGUCAAGUGGCAAUUACGAUGGAACAACUGGUGUUGGUCAGCAAAUGGGGGUUCUGGAGGUUCUACAGGGACUCCUUUCUGCUAAUGUCAAUGCCCCCGUCACGGCUACUACAGGCGGAACGAGUGAAGGCAAUAGUGCCGCUGGAACUGAGUCGGACAAAACUACGGCAGUACAAUACUCUGCGAUUACUACAGGUGAUAGGGCAGGGGCGUCGAUAGUGACUGCGAUCGUGGUUGGUCUGAUAUUAUCCGCGGUCUAUAUGAUGGUGACUUGA